AUGUUAGAAGAAAAUAACCUCGAAAUAUUGUUCGGUGAAGAAAUCUCCGACAAUGAAGAAAUUUUAUAUGAGUUAGAAACAGAAAGUGAUAGCUCAGAAGACGAAGAAUUUAUCUUUAUGCUAAAAGAAAAUGUCAAAGAAAAUCCUGAAGAAGAACUUCAGAGUAUAAGGUGUAUUAAUACACCGGCAAACCCGAAGCGGACGGGGUGGUUGACCAAGCAAGGCAAGUACAUCAAGAUGUGGUGUCACCGCUGGUUCGUGCUCAAGCAAGGCAAGCUCUUCUGGUUCAAGGACUGGUCAGUCACACCCGCGUCGAGGUCACGCGGCGUGAUCCCGGUGGCGACGUGUCUGACGGUGAAGGGCACAGAGGACAUGCUAAACAAGCAGUACUCGUUCAAGCUCUCCACGCGCUCCGAGACCAUGCACUUCAUCGCCGAUUCUGAGAAGGAGAAGGAGGACUGGAUCAACUCGAUCGGACGGUCCAUCGUGCAGCACUCCAGGUCCGUCACGGAUUCCGAGGUCGUCGAUUACGAUAGCUACAAGAACUAG